CGUUUGCUCUCUCUCUCUUCUCGCUCGAUGUUCAGGAACGACUAGUGAGGAGGAACUCGCGCUAGUUCUGCGAGUCUGCACCAAGUUUGUGACCUGGAAUAAACGAGACACUUCUAAAAAGCGCGGCGUCGAGAGGAGCCUUAAACCGUCCUGAGAAAGGGGAAGAGCAGAUUUAAAGACGUAUAUUCCCCAAAGACAGCGCCAUGAGUCGCAGCAUUGUGCGCCAGAGUAAAUUCCGGCAUGUUUUUGGGCAAGCGGUGAAAGCGGAUCAAAGUUAUGAUGAUAUCCGGGUUUCCAAAGUGACAUGGGACAGUUCCUUCUGUGCAGUUAACCCAAAGUUUCUGGCGGUUAUAGUGGAGUCCAGUGGAGGCGGGUCCUUUCUGGUUCUGCCGCUCUCAAAGGUGGGUCGAGUGGACAAAAACUACCCUCUAGUGAUUGGACACUCGGGGCCUGUUCUGGACAUUGACUGGUGUCCUCACAAUGACAAUAUACUGGCCAGCUGCUCCGAAGACACCACUGCCAUGGUAUGGCAGAUCCCUGACCACACUCCCUCUCGUCCCAUCAGUGAGCCCAUUGUGGUGCUGGAGGCUCACUCUAAACGCGUGGGCAUCAUUAAAUGGCACCCCACUGCCCGCAACAUACUUCUCACUGCAGGCAGUGAUAAUCUGAUCAUCAUCUGGAAUGUGGGCACUGGAGAACCCUUGAUCACAAUGGAUGAUCAUCCUGAUCUCAUCUAUAAUGUCAGCUGGAACUACAACGGUAGCCUGUUCUGCACCACCUGCAAGGACCGGCGCCUCCGAGUGUGCGAUCCCCGGAAAAACGAGGUGGUGGCGGAAAGACUGUCCCCACAUGAGGGUAUCCGGCCAAUGAGAGCCAUUUUUACAAAAGAGGGCAACAUUUUCACCACAGGUUUCACCAGGAUGAGCCAGAGAGAGCUUGGCCUGUGGGAUCCGACUAAUUUUGAAGAGCCCAUAGCAUUACUGGAGUUGGACACAAGUAAUGGAGUUUUAUUGCCUUUUUAUGAUCCAGACACUAACAUAGUGUAUCUCAGUGGCAAGGGUGACAGCAGUAUUCGGUAUUUUGAGAUCACAGAGGAGCCUCCCUAUGUGCAUUACAUCAGCACAUUCAGCAGCAAGGAGCCACAGAGAGGAAUGGGCUUCAUGCCCAAGAGAGGAGUGGACGUCAGCAAGUGUGAGAUUGCCAGAUUAUAUAAACUCCAUGAAAGAAAGUGUGAGCCUAUUAUGAUGACAGUACCCAGAAAGUCGGACCUGUUCCAGGAUGAUCUGUACCCAGACACAGCAGGCCCAGAGCCGGCUCUGGAACCUGAAGAAUGGAUUGAUGGACGAGACGCAGACCCCAUUUUAGUGUCCAUGAGGGAUGGCUAUGUUCCUCCAAAGAGUAGGGAGCUAAAGGUGUCCAAGAAGAAUGUUUUAGACACCAGACCUACAACACGUAGAAGCAUGUCUGCCGUGGAUGGAAGUAGUUUGCCUCCUCAGUUGUUGGAGAAGCUUGUUGAGGAGAUCCAAAAUCUGAAGGCCACAGUUCUUUCUCAGGAGAAACGAAUCUGUGACUUAGAGAAUAAGCUCUCUAAAUACACUAAUGGCACAGUCUGAAUAAAGUUAACUCGUCCUGUACACACUGCGCGAUUCACUGCUAACCCCUCACAACUAAAGUAUGAGCACAGAUUGGCCAAGCCACCUCAACUCACCCCAGAAUUUUAUCAACAACGUAACUCACUGUGACUUCUUGACUUCACUUGCUUUUUCUAAACGUGAAUAAAUACAUCUAUCCGGUAGUUACAUUUCAAAUCACUAGGAUAUUUAAUUUGGCAAAGGCACUUAUAAUGCUCGUCCUGAUGCUUUGUAGAAAAAAUUGUUAAUAUUGUGUAGUAGUACACAAUAUUAGCCAUUUUCCUUAAAUGCUUAAGGAAUCACAGCAGGAUGAAUUUACGUCAGCUAGGCAAAACCACCUUCAUUUUAGGAUUUACAGGUCCUUUGAUGUACUUACUGCUUUUUUACCCUUCAGUGCUGACAAAAAAUGAAAUGUAGCUCCAGCUUUCUGUAGUGGUUAACAGUCACAGUGUCUUUGGUAGUCUCUGUGUGAACAUACCUCAUUGUAAAGACCAGGACAUGGGAUCAGAUGGUAGCAUAUGUAGCUCUUAUUUAGUCGGCUCUGGACAAGCAACAUUUAUGGCAUGAGUAUGAUAUUUCAGGAAAGUAGCGAGCUUAGUAAUGCUAAUACACUACACGAUUUUUGCUGCGCUUUGCACAUAACAUAACAGAUCAGCGACAAUUUAGUUAUUAAUCACUUACCCCCAUGUCAUUCCAAACCGGAAAUACAAUUUAAGAUAUCUUAAAUGCAAACCGAAAGGGUUGUGACCGUCAAGGUAGAGAAAUGCAUGAAAAACAUUGUCAGGAUACUCCAUCUGCCGUCAGUAGUUCAAGUAGAUCUGAAUGAUACAAAGCGAUGAGAAUAAUAUUUGUACGCCUUUAUACAAUAACAAACAAUGCUUUUACAGGUUUAGAACGACAUGGGGGUAAGCCAUGGAUGACGAUAUUUUCAUUUUGGUGUAGAGUGACCCUUUCACUAUUUCACUAGGAGUCCCCAUUUUUUGUUUACAAAAACCAUUUGAAUUCCUUCGAAAUCAAAAUGGUGAUCCACAAAAAGCUAUCUAAAAAAAAACCAGAAACAACAAAAAAAGACUUAAUACGUAGAAGAGAUUGGUUGAGAUGAUGACUUCUCAAUAUUUCCCUUGCGCAUCAUGUUUUCCUCUCAUUAGCUGUAGGUCAUUCUAAUGUCAUUUCCAGUCAAAACACAUUUCGCACCGAAAGAUUUUUACAGUCUCAGACAGGCCCAGAUAUUUAGCUGGCUAAUUACUUCUCAGGCAUCAGUGCUUUUUUCAGAUUGCGUUUUUCCUCUAUGACCUCACAUUCGAUAACACUCACAUAAACAAGCUUCGACUUGCUUAGAUUUUUUGGCUGACCUACAGAAAAAUCAUCUUGUUGGUGAUCUCCAGAAAAAUAGGGCCUAAAAUCGUGUAGUGUAUAUCCAGAUUGAGAUUUCUGUCCAUCAGUUCUUGCCAUUUUAUUGUAGUAGUUCACCCCAAAAUGAAGUAUUCUUGUUAUACUAACCCUCAUAUUGUUCCAAACUAUUCUUUUUUUUAAUAAAAUAUAAAAGUGGUUGCUAAAUGUCCAAGCUGCUCUUUUCCAUACAAUGAAUGUGACUCCAAAAAGUAACAAAAGUGGUCCGUGUGACUCAUGCUCUAUAUACCAAAUGUUCUGAAGGCUUCCAAGAACUUUUUUGGGGAACAAACAUGGCAUCACAAGAUGCAUCAUGCCAUCAGCAACUAAAGAUGAUAAGUUGAGGUUCGUGCGCAACAGAUUUCGUAUAUCUAAACAUCUUUAAAACAAAACAAGCACAUAUUCUGUUUAAGAUCUAUAUCUACUUUUGGUCUGUUCUUCAUAAAUAACUAUGCGUAGACGUGACGUAUAGUGUAAAUACGUAUUAGUAUUUUGUUUACACUUUAUUUUGUGUUCUUGUUACAGUGCAAUUAUAACAUUAAUUACAUUAUCUGUGUAUUUACAAUAUGGUUAGGGUUAUGCAUGUAAUUAUGCAUAAUUGUUUGUUAUUAUAAUAGUUUUAAUUAAAAUAGUGUGUAACAUGUGUAACAAGCACACCUUAAAAUAAAGUGUUACCUAUACUUUUACUUUUUCUCACCUUUGUGCAAUAAAAGUGUGAGAAACAUUUCAAAAAGAAAACAGCGUGAACAUUCUAGAUGAGAUUAAAAUGUAUGUAGAUAAAUGAAGACAGAAUUUUCAUCUUUGGGUGAACAUUUCCUUAAGGCAGGUGGCUCCUGGUACAGUCUUUAUAUAAGGUAUAGUGCAGGCCAAUGAUUAAUCGCAUCCAUAAUAAAAGUUUUUAUUUA